CUGGACACCUCCUCCACCCCCAGGAAGGUGGACAGGGGCGGCGGGCAGCCAGCCGAGGGGUUCCUGCUAUUGUCCUCACUGUCCUCAGCUCGGACUCCUUCUGCAUCCUUUCCCAGCCCCUGCCGGACACUGGCUGUGACCCCGGCCACUCCCUAGAGGUGUCUGCAGGGGACCUGGAGGAGCCAGAAGGAAGGGCUGGCUCCUCCUCGCAACGAGGAGAAAGCCUAGGAGAGGGAAAAAGGGUGGCCUGCCCGCUCUCAUUUGCUUCCUAUUGGGAGCAGGAAGCAGCUGGGAUUGGUCCCAGAGCAGUUAGCCUUCUCCAAAGCAAGGGUGGGGCGGGGGCACCUAAACACUGACCCCCCCCCAAGAACAGCUAUGGUAAGCCCUCCUAGGCUGUAUCAUCGUUGAGACUGGGGGUGCCCAUGCGAAGGCUAACUAAGUGUUUGGAGAGGCUAGAGGGAAAUCAGGCUGAGGUGUGGGGGGUAAGGAGGACUGUGGGGAGCUGAGCUGGGCUGCUCUCUGGGAAGAAGGAAUGGGCUGUGGGUGCUGCUAUCAGAGCAUUUUGCCUGGAAAUGAAGAGCAUGUAAAUGAGAUGCAAAUUAGCCUCUAUUGUCCCCAGCUAGGGCGCUUUUGCUAAGAAGGCUGCAAAGCUGUUUGAUUCUGAAGGUUUUCAUGUGGGAGUGGUCCCUGUGCCCCUGCAAACUCUCCUUGUCACCUCUUCCCCCUAAGGCUGGUCCUGAAGCUCUAGAAGUUUCUGGCUAGGAACCCUCCCUGACCCCUGUGCUCACAUCCCUGGGCCGGCAUCAACCCCACAGGGGCAGCGCCUUUGUAACCAGAUUCAGUGUCCAGGGCCCCACAUCUUCCAGAGAGGCGUCUCCCUGGCAUGAUCCUCAGCCGCUGGUCCUAAAUUUUCACAUUUACUUUCAAGGGAAGUGACAUGGGAGGUAACUGUCUCUCCCCGUCUUCUGUCAGGUCAGAGGUCGCCUAUUUCCCUCAGACCCCCGCAGGAGUCCCCACCCCAGGGCCAGCAUAUGGGUGAGGGGGCACCCCCUGGGGCCUGAGCUGCCCCGCACAGGAUGCCCCGCGCCCCUUACUUCAUGCCCUUGCUGCUGCUGCUCUCUCUGCCCCAUACCCACGCGGCCUUCCCUCAGGACCCCCACCCUCUGCUGAGCUCAGACCUGCAAGGUACCUCCCCAUUAUCCUGGUUCCGGGGGCUGGAGGAUGAUGCUGUGGCUGCACAACUUGGGCUGGAUUUUCAGAAAUUUCUGACCUUGAACCGGACCUUGCUAGUGGCUGCCCGGGAUCACGUUUUCGCCUUCGAUCUUCAAGCCCAAGAAGAAGGGAAGGGGCUGGUGCCCAACAAGUAUCUGACAUGGAGGAGCCAGGAUGUGGACAACUGUGCUGUACGCGGGAAGCUGACGGACGAGUGCUACAACUACAUCCGUGUGCUCAUUCCCUGGGACUCCCGGACGCUCCUCGCCUGUGGAACCAACUCGUUCAGUCCUGUGUGCCGAAGCUAUGGGAUAACUUCGCUGCAGCAGGAGGGCGAGGAGCUCAGUGGGCAGGCUCGAUGCCCCUUUGAUGCCACCCAGUCCAAUGUAGCUGUCUUUGCAGAGGGCAGUCUGUACUCAGCCACAGCCGCGGAUUUCCAGGCCAGCGACGCUGUCGUUUACAGAAGCCUUGGUCCUCAACCCCCACUUCGCUCCGCCAAGUACGACUCCAAGUGGCUCCGAGAGCCUUAUUUCGUCUAUGCCCUGGAGCAUGGAGACCACGUCUACUUCUUCUUCCGAGAGGUCUCUGUCGAGGAUGCACGGCUGGGGAGGGUGCAGUUCUCCCGUGUAGCCCGUGUGUGUAAGCGUGACAAGGGGGGGUCCCCUCGGGCCUUGGACCGUCACUGGACUUCCUUCCUGAAGUUGCGGCUCAACUGCUCGGUCCCUGGGGACUCAACCUUCUACUUUGAUGUGCUCCAGGCCUUGACCGGGCCUUCAACCCUGCAUGGCCGCUCUGCUCUCUUUGGGGUCUUCACGACUCAGACCAAUAGCAUUCCUGGCUCUGCAGUCUGCGCCUUCUAUCUGGAUGAUAUUGAGCGUGGGUUCGAGGGCAAGUUCAAGGAGCAGAGAAGUCUGGAUGGGGCCUGGACCCCUGUGUCUGAGGAUAGGGUGCCCUCACCCAGGCCGGGGUCCUGUGCAGGAGUGGGUGAAGCUGCCUCAUUCUCCUCUUCUCGAGACCUCCCCGAUGACGUGCUAACCUUCAUCAAGGCCCACCCACUGCUUGACCCCGCCGUGCCACCUGCCACCCAUCAGCCGCUGCUCACCCUCACCAGCAGGGCCCUGCUGACCCAGGUAGCUGUGGAUGGGAUGGCCGGUCCCCACAGUAAUACCACAGUCCUGUUCCUUGGCUCCAACGAUGGGACAGUACUGAAGGUGCUACCCCCAGGAGGGCGACCUGGGGGAACUGAGCCCAUCCUAUUGGAGGAGAUUGAUGCCUACAGCCCCUCUCGGUGCAGUGGGAAGCGGUCAUCCCAGACAGCACGGCGGGUCCUGGGGCUCGAGCUGGACACUGAGGGUCACAGGCUUUUUGUGGCGUUUUCUGGCUGCAUGAUCUACCUCCCUCUCAGCCACUGCACCAGGCACGGGGCCUGCCGAAGGAGCUGCCUGGCUUCUCAGGACCCAUACUGUGGUUGGCAUAGGUCCCGAGGCUGUGUGGAUAUACGGGGACCUGGUGGGGCUGAUGUUGAUCGGGUUGGGGACCAGGAAGCCACAGAGGAUGGUGACUGCCAAGAUGGAGCUACUGGGAGUCAGUCUGGCCCAGGGGAUUCUGCAUAUGUGCUUCUGGGUCCUGGCCCUUCCCCUGAGACCCCCAGCCCCCUCAGUGAUGCCCACCCCCGGCCCCAGUCUUCCACUCUUGGAGCUCACACUCAGGGCGUGCGCCGGGACCUCCUCCCAGCCUCGGCCUCCCGUUCCGUCCCCAUCCCACUCCUCCUGGCCAGCGUGGCCGCAGCCUUCGCUCUGGGCGCCGCGGUCUCUGCCCUCCUGGUCUCCUGCGCCUGCCGCCGCGCCCACCGACGCCUGAGCAAGGACAUCGAGACCCCAGGGCUCCCGCGCCCCCUCUCCCUCCGCAGUUUGGCCCGGCUCCACGGCGGGGGCCCAGACCCCCCGCCGCCGUCCAAGGACGGAGACGCGGCCCAGACGCCCCAGCUCUACACCACUUUCCUGCCUCCCCCCGAGGGCGUGUCCCCACCGGAGCUGGCCUGCCUGCCCACCCCAGAGUCC